AUGACAUGGUCAAUGACAGAAAGUUCUUCUGUUGAAGAGGUUUACAAACAACUCGUUGAUCUUGUCGAAUCUCCAGAGGAGCCGAAAGGAAUUCCCUUCUCCGAACGUAUCCCGUCACCGAAAUGUCUGAAUGAUCGAAUCGCUAUUGUUGGUGCUGGUCCGGCUGGGAUACAUAUGGCCUAUUUAUUGAAGAAAAAAGGUUUUCAAAAUAUUGUAGUGCUUGAGAAAAGUAAACGUGUUGGCGGCAAAUCCUUAACAAUCACACAUCGUGAUACAGCACAUGACCUGGGCGCAUGCUGCACUCAACCCGACUUUGAGGAUAAUGUUCAAGCACUGGCUGAAGAGUUUGGGCUAUGGGAACCAGCAAAAAUGCCUCCAUUUAACGUUUGGUUGGAUAAACUUUCUACCUCGAUUAGUUACUCAUCAUAUGUUCUUCCUGAAGCUAUGAAAUUAGCAGAAACGAAUGAUCCAAAAGUUGCUACUGAAAAACUUUUUAUGGCCUUGCUUAAGUAUAUCCGUCUUCAUCGUGAAUUUUUUGGUAAAUACAAAGGAGAAUUAAUGAGAAAACCUACUCUACGUGUGAUGAACUUAGUCAACUGCACAUUCCUAGAAUUCAUUGAAAAAAAUGAUCUAACAAUGCUUAAGCCCAUUUUUAUCAUAUCUCACACUGGAGAAGGUUUUGGUCAUUUGGAUGAAAUAUCCGCUCUGUAUGGUUUAAUAUGGAACACACCACACCUUUUAAAAGGAAUGGCAGGUGCUAUGUUUAGCGGAGAAUCACCGUUCAACACGAUUAAAGGCGGUUACCAGAAACUCUGGGAGAAAAUACAGACUUAUGAGAAUAUUGACGUGCGUUUCGAUGUUGACAUCAGUCGAAUUUACAGAAGAAACGACAAGGUCCUUAUAAAAUACUCAACCAGCAGAGAUUGGGCAGAAUUUGAUUUUCUAAUUUGGACACCAAGUGUAUAUGCCACCCUUCAUUUAAUCGAUCCCAGUGAGAAAGAGAAAGAACUCUUCUCUGGAUUCACUACUGCUUGGUGUACGACAACGCUAUUCGACUCCAUGUAUGGCAACCGUGGUGACUCACCUGUAGACUUCUGGUUCAGUACCAUUGAAAAGAAACGAUGGGACGCAGUAUGGGAACAACGGGACUCUUACGGUACAUAUAAUAAUUAUUAUGGACCAGAAUAUCAAAAUGGGUCCCUUCCCGGAGGACCAGAUGGCCAGUACAUUCGAACUGCAGUUGCUUACCAAUAUGGAAAAGAGAAACCGGAUGAGUCCACUCUUGAUGAAAUAUUUCGACAGCAUUAUACAAGCAUGAAUGCCUCCGAAAUCAAAGUGAUUCAUAGAGAAAUAUGGGAAUACUUUCCGCGAUUCUCACCACAAAAGAUGGCAAGUGGCGCUCUCUGGGAUAUAUUUGAUAAUCAAGGAAGUAGGCGCACAUGGUUUGCAGGCUCAUCGGUUAUUGUUGAAUCCUUGAAAAGUGUUCUUGAAUACAACAAAUUGUUGGUGUCAAAAAUGACAGAAGGCAUGUCUUGCUGA